AAACAGUUAGUUGGUAGACUCAGUCGGUCAUUAGAUGAGGCGCGCUGUCAAUUGUUUUAGUUUACUUGGUGACCGUUCGUUGAUCGUACGCCAUUUCCAAAUUUCAUCCGUCGCCGAUCGGUCAAGUUCAAUUAAGCGGAGAGAAAUGCCGGGCGAACUGAUAACGCUACAACUCGGCCAGUGCGGCAACCAGAUCGGUUUCGAGUUCUGGAAGCGUUUGUGCGAGGAGCACGCCAUCAAUCCGGAAGGUAUCCUGAGAGAAUGCGCCGAAUCGUAUCCGAUUCCCGAUCGGAAGGACGUGUUCUUCUACCAAGCCGACGACUUUCACUACGUGCCCCGGGCGGUGCUCAUGGACUUAGAGCCGAGGGUCAUCAACAGCAUCGCCUCGUCGGCGUACUCGAAGCUGUACAAUGCUGAGAACAUUUUUCUGAACAAAACCGGCGGCGGAGCAGGCAACAACUGGGCGACCGGUUACACCAAAGGCAGGAAGUAUUGCGACGAAAUAUUUGACAUAAUUGACAGGGAAGCAGAAAACAGUGACUGUCUUGAAGCCUUCUUGGUGUGUCACUCCAUCGCCGGAGGUACGGGCUCGGGUAUGGGCUCUUACAUCAUCGAAAAUUUAGAAGACAGGUACCCGAAAAAGAUGACGCAGACCUACAGCGUUUUUCCAAACAUCGACGAGAUCAGCGACGUUAUUGUUCAACCAUACAACUCAAUAUUGACGUUGAGGAGGCUGACGGAGAUUGUGGAUUCUGUUAUUGUCUUGGACAAUACAGCUCUGAACAAAAUCGCAGCCGAAAAGCUAAAAAUAGCAAAUCCAAACUUCAGCCACAUAAACAACUUAGUAAGUACCAUUAUGUCCGUAUCGACUGCGACCCUGAGAUAUCCAUCGUAUAUGUACAACGACUUGUUGGAGCUUCUCGCCCCUUUAAUACCCUUGCCUAGGUUGCACUUCUUCAUGACAGGCUACACUCCCCUCUACACCGACACGGAAGACCCGGAAAUCCGUAAAACCACAGUCAUGGACGUCAUGCGUCGCCUAUUACAAUCCAAGAACACGAUGGUCUCGACCCCGCAAGGACGGAAGACCCCACACUGCUACAUUUCCAUUCUGAACAUAAUCCAAGGAGACGUAGACGGAACAGAAAUUCGUAACAGCCUACAAAGAAUCCACGACCGCGAACUGGCCCGUUUCGUACCGUGGCAACCCAGCAGCCUCCAAGUAGCUUUGAGCAGAAGAUCACCGUUCGUCGACGCUCAAUGCAAGAUCUCCGGCUUGAUGCUGGCCAACCACACCGGCAUAUCUUCGCUGUUCAACACUGCCGUCGUCCAGUUCGACAAGCUGCGCAAAAAGGAGGCGUUCCUCGAUCAGUUCAAGAAGUACGACCUGUUCCAGGACGGUAUGGUCCAACUUGAUGACAGCAGGAACGUCGUGCAAGACUUGAUCGACGAGUAUACCGCAGCAACCAGGGAAGACUUUCUCGAGAUGCCCGAGUCUCCCAAAGAAUCCCGAUAAAAUAAUUUUUGUUGUUUAUAAGAUGUAGACAAAUACUUAACGGAUUCAUGCCGGCGUUGUUCGAUACAGCUCUCGUACAGUUCGAUGAGCUGUGUAAGUGGGAGGCGUUCCCGGAUUGCCUCAUGUUCAAUGAUAAUUCGGUGGACAUGGACAGCAGCAGGGAUGUAGUGCAGAAGUUGGCCGUCGCUCCAGACUUUCUCGAUUAUCCUAAGUCUACAUGGUUAAUUAAACUAUAUAACGGUUAACUGAUUGAUCCUGGAGAAGCACACCAAUGUUUCUGUAUUGUUUGAUGCGAUUCUCAUGCAGCAUAAGACCGCAGGCUGCGUAAAAGGGAUACGUUCCGGGAUUUGUUCAAGAAGCUCCAUCAUGUACAAGAACAAUUCAGUAAAAUUGGACGAAUGCAGCAAUAUUGUUCAGGAAUUUGUUGAUUAAUCUUUUUCAGUUGAUUCGAUCCUACAUUUAAAUGAGUCUGUAUUUUAUAUAUUAAUAAAUUUGUCUACACAUA